AUGGCUGUAACAUCUUGUUUUAAAAAAUUAAAAGAUUUUCAUACCACAUAUUUUGCACCAUAUGGUUAUGCACAAUUUAAUAUAUUAUUUCCAUUUAUUUUCGAAUUUUUACCAUUAACAAAACAAAUAAAAGUUAAAUUUGGAAUUAAUUUAUAUUCUUCCAUAAUUGGAAAUAAUUUAAAUAUGAAUUAUACAAAUCGAAUCGUAACUAAGAUUGAUGGUAUAAAUGCAUUAGAAUAUAUGAAAAACUUUGCUGAUAAAUAUUCUAUUAUGAGUAAAGAUUCAAGUGUAAGAUUAAAUUCUGUUUUUCGAGAAGAAUUUUGGUUACAAAAUCUUGCAGAAUAUCCAUUACCAUUAAAAAAUAAUAUUACAUUUACAUUUUUAGAUAGAGAUGAAACAACAAUAACAUUUCCCUAUGUCAUAAUAAUUACGAAAAAAUUUGAUAAUCAAAGUCAUAUAGAAAAUGAGAAUCGUUUUUCUCUAUCAUUAACAUAUACAACCAGAAAUGCUUUUAAUUAUAUAACUAAUUUAGAAAAAUUAAAUUGGUAUGAACAGAAAAAAAAUAAUAAUUUUAAUUAUAUUAUGGGUAAUACUGAUGUUUACUAUUAUAUUCACAAAAAUACAAAUACUUCAAUUAUCAGAUUAGGAUCAUUUGAUAUAGAACCUAUUGAAGAUGUAAAACAGAUAUUUUUAGCAGCUACUGGUGAAACAUUGAUAAUUGAUUUAAUAGGAAAUCGUGGUGGACAAAGUUGUUUAGCUUACGGUUUAUUAAAUUAUUUAGUUCCAGAAUAUUCCUCACUUCAUCUUUUAUAUGAACCAAUGGACGGUAGAAUAACUAAACCGUUACAAGCAUUUGCAACAAUUUUUAGUUUAUUUCCAGAUUCAAUAUUAGAUCUUCGAAAUUUUUCAUUGUUUACAAAUAUGGAAUGGAUGAAACCUUAUAUUAAUUAUACAAGAGGUAAUCUGACAGAUGAAUAUUCAAUGAAAUGGUCUAUUAAUUGUGAUGGACAAGUAUUUGGUACGGGAAAAUAUUGGAUUAAAAAUGGAACUGAUAAAAAAUAUUUUAAAUCAAUUUAUGUUUUAACCGAUGGUAGUUGCGGUAGUGCUUGUAGUUUAUUUUUGUCAAAAUUAAAAUAUGCUUCAAAUUUUAAAAAGAUCUAUGGUAUUGGUGGAGGAUAUUAUAAUAAUGAUAAUGAUCUAUUUGAAAGUUCAAGCUAUGCUGGUGGUGGAGCGUUUAACUGGAAUGAUCUUGUACAAUAUCAUAAUCAAAUUAAUAAUGAUAGUUCAUCUAUUGAUUAUUUACCAACAAGUGCUUAUUUAAAUUUAAAUGUCUUUGAACUAUAUAUUAAUGCAUUAGAUAGAGAUUAUCCAAGAGAAUUUUUAAAACAACCAAUUGAUAGAAGAUUAAAUAGUGGUGAUUAUUUUAAUAUUGAUCAAUCUCUUGAAAAGAUAAUACAUGAUCAUAUUCAAUCGAAUGGAAAUAGACUUAUUGCUUAUAGUUUGAUUAAGAUAAUCAUUUUUAAUUUACUCUUAAUAAUAUUUCUUAUAAAUUGA